UGAAAUCACAAAAUUUUUAUUUAUUUCAAAUAACUUAAAACAGAAUCGACGCUCGCAAUGGCCGGAUGCGGCCAGAAAUGUUGUGUUUCCGGGUGCGAUUCUCGGAAGGACGCCUCCGGCUACUCGUUCCACACCUUUCCGGUGGCCAGUGAGCUGCGGAUCGCAAACUUUCGGCGGAAGCUGUGGCACGAUGCCGUGUUUGGGAAGGACAGCGCCCGAAUCGCCUUGAAAAAUACCAAGAUUUGCGGGAAGCACUUCGUAACGGGUAAACCAGCCAAGCUCACGGAAACCUCUGAGGUCAACUGGAUUCCGACGUUGCACCUGGGCCCGGGCCGGGUGGCACCUCAAGUCAAAACUAGCGGCGGACUGCCGCUGGUCGAGGAUGGCGUUCUACCGCCAGAGCAGGUGAACUUCAAGGAGCAAAAGGUUGUCCGACUGGCAGAAAGCAACGAAGCCGAUCCUUUUCAAGAGGAGUUUGUAGUCAAAGUGGAAGUACUAGACGUGGAAGUGGCCGAUGCUAGUAACGAAGCCGAACCUAUCCCGGAGGAGGUCGAAGUCAAAGAGGAAAUGUUGGACGUGGAAGUGAUCGAAGCAGUGGUUCCAAAGAAACAACGGGUUCUGCGAAUAGAAACGAGCAACGCUGUUGAGCCCGUUGAAAAAGUCGCACAAGAAAUUAAAGAGGAGAUUCUGAAUGACGAGGAGGAAAUUCAAUUCAUUCGAAAAAAACAAACUUGUCAAAUUUCAUUCAACCGUUGCAUGUUUUGUCUAAACGAACUUCCCCCAAAGGAACAGAUCCUACCGGAUUUCAACAAGGAGAGCACGUUCCGAACCCAGGUGGAAUACGUCCUUGCAAAGACGAUCGAAGCCCCAAACUAUCCUUGCUGCAGUAGCUGCAAACAAAUGUUUCAACUGUUUUACAAGUUCAAGAAGUCUUGCCUCGUUGCCCUUGCCAAACCACUGGAUUUGAUCAAAUCUAAAUCGGCAAAGCGUCCAGCAAACCAUCCCAUUAGUCCAGCGCCAAAAAGAAAGUCAGAAGUGGUAACCAUCCACCCCAAGAUCGAUGAACGGGACCCGAACGUACCAAACGACGUAGAAGAUGACCCGGAAGAAUCGCCCUCAUCCGAUGGGUACAAAGAGGAGCGCAUGCGUUGCAAGAAUUGCGGUACAAUGUACGACGACGGGUUCGUACUGGCCAACCACAAGCUCAACUGUCUACCGCCAAAGGAUCCACCCCGGUGUAAUCUAUGUCCGGCGGUGUUCAAAAAUAACUGGGAUCUGCAGGUGCACCUGAACCGGCAUAACGGCCUAACCCCAUUCCAGUGCCGCAAAGAGGGCUGCACGAAGGCUUUCGCCGGCCCAAUUGUACGCAUCAUCCACGAGAAAAACUGUCAAAAGGAGUCCAACCAGGUCGUCUGUCCAAGCUGCGGCAUGGCGUUCAAGUGCGAGCUGUAUCUGCAGCGCCACAUGAUCACGCACGAGGCACCGAAGUACGAAUGCGCCGUUUGCCAUCGCAAGUUCGGCGAUUUGACCACCUUCCGAGCCCACAUGAUGCGACACUUUGAACGGAAUGAAACCCCGGCGGAGGAACAACACCGUGAAGACGUUCCGUCCGACUUCCGGUGCGAUUCCUGCGAGCAAGAAUUCGCCACGCCGGAGCUUCUGAACGGUCACAAGGUGUACUGCGGGAAGAACAAAAAAUUCCGCAAGUUCCAGCUGCUCUGCCCGCUCUGUCCGGAGUCGUUCCACAAGCAGGAAACGCUCGAUCAGCACCUGAGCCGGCACAAGGGCAUCAAGUCGAUUCCGUGCCGGAAGGAGGGCUGCGACAAGAUGUUCUUCGAUACGGCUGGGCGAAACGUGCACGAGCUGUAUCGCUGUGGGAGGGGCGGGACGCACGUCUGUUCGAUUUGCCAGGCGGCCUUCGGAACGCCGGCAUCGCUGCGGGUUCACAUGAAGGGACACAGUCUGCGGCUAGAAACAAGAACCAUGGACCUUCCGCAGGAAUCGAUUUCCUUGCAACCAAUCAUCAUAAAAGAAGAAUGCGACCCCGAGGACUCACUUUCCGAGGAGGAGGAGGAUAAUCCGCAGCACCCUUCCGAAUCUCCCUGCUGUGUCUUCUGCUUCCGCGUCCAAUCCGACGGGCUGCUCUCCGAUGGGCCAGCCUUGCGGGAAAAGAUCGAAUUCGUGCUCGCGGCGCGGUUACGGUCCCUUAAGGUUCCCAGCUGCCGGAACUGCGCGCAGAUGUUCGACUUGUUUUACAACUUCAAGAAGAGCUGCCUGCUGGCGCUGUCCAAAAAGGAGGAACUGCAACAGGCACUGGUGCAAAAGAGUGCCGACGGCAGGUAUGCGGAAAUGGUGAAGGUUCGGAAGGUGCCGAGGGCAAAGAAGAUUAUCACAUGUUCCGUUUGUACGAGGGAAUUUACGGACGAGGACGAGCACCGCUAUCACAUCAAUCAGCACUUUGGGGUCAAACCGUUCAAAUGUAAGGUCGCAGGAUGCAAACAAUCGUUCCCAAACCCAAAAGACUGCUUCGUGCACGAAGCAAUGUGCUCGGUAGUGCCGCCACCUUCCAGGGAGUGCGAAGUCUGUGCGUUCCGAUUCGCAACGGAGGCGGAGCUCGAGGCGCACAAGAUCACGCACAGUGAGCCCAACUUCCAGUGUGGCCGAUGUGGAGAAGCGUUCUUUUAUGCACUUGACUGCGAAAACCACGAGAGAGACUGUCGCAUCCAGGCGGCAGAUCCCCUACAAAAUAUCAAGUUGGAAGACUCCCUAGAAGAUCUGGAUGAAGAGUCAUCGAACAAUACUUCCGAUGGCUCCAGAAACACCGAACACAUCCCCGUCGUCGAGAAGUUCGAACAACCACCCGUAGAUAGGCUCUGUAAGCGCUGCGGCGAAACGUUCCCGCUUGCCAACCGCACCUUCCACAAGCACCAGAGGAAAUGUAGACCCAGCAAUCACAAGACCUAUCCGUGUACGCUCUGCGAAAAGACGUUCACCAAGAAGAUGACGCUCGAAACGCACCUCAACAAGCACGCAGGAGUUCAGUCGUUCAAGUGCCGUAAACCCGGCUGUGACAAAACCUUCUUCGGAUAUCCGGCGCGGUACUCGCACGAAGAAUCCUGCGGCAGCAAGGGCUUCGUGUGUGACAUGUGUGGCGAAACGUUAACGUCGCCGGCCUCGCUACGCAUCCACCGGGCCAGGCACGACGAGCCGCAGAUUCCGUGCGAGCUGUGCGAUAAGAUGUUCAAGACCAAGUCCGCCCUGCAGAAGCACAUGACGACCCACUCGGAGGAGCGCAAAUUCGAGUGCGAAACGUGUGGGAAAAGGUUUAAGUCGGCCGAAGCAAAUCGGGUUCACCAGCGGAUUCACACCCAGGAGAAGCCGUAUGCGUGUCCGGAGUGUGACAAGCGGUUCACGUACAACUGUUCGCUGAAGGCGCACCUGGAGAAGAAGGCGUGCUUGGUGCAUUGAGAAGAGAUUCGCGAUUUUUAUCCAACCUCAUAUUUUCGUAUUUUUCGAAAAAUUCUCUUAACCACAAUUUAAAAACUGCGAUAUCUCUGGAGCACAAAUUGUAGAAACAAAUUCCAAGAUUCCAGCCCUGAAUAAACCUGAA